AAAAAAGCAAAAAAGCAACUGAGGAGAAAGCAAAGCAAAAGCUAUAAUAAUAUUUACAUUCAGGUCAGGGUUUCCUGGCGAACAAGCAAGCAAAUACAAAUCUUUAAAUCGAAAUCGAAGCUGAAAUCGAAAUCGAAUUGGAGCAAUGGACGUGAUAAAGACGCAGCAAAUAUCUGGGAAAUCGAUAGAGAAAGUGAUAGUACACCCACUGGUUCUGCUCAGCAUCGUCGACAACUACAACCGAGUCGCCAAAGACACUCGCAAACGCGUCGUCGGGGUUUUGCUCGGCUCCACUUUCAAAGGCACCGUCGAUGUCACCAACAGCUACGCAGUGCCGUUUGAGGAAGAUGAUAGGGACCCUAGCAUAUGGUUCCUUGACCAUAACUACCAUGAAUCCAUGUUUUCCAUGUUCAAGAGAAUUAACGCCAAGGAGCAUGUUGUGGGGUGGUACAGCACGGGUCCAAAGCUGCGCGAAAACGACUUGCUUAUUCAUGGAUUGUUUAAUGACUAUGUACCAAAUCCCGUCCUGGUUAUAAUUGAUGUCCAACCUAAGGAACUGGGUAUACCAUCAAAAGCUUACUAUGCUGUUGAAGAAGUUAAAGAGAAUGCCACACAGAAAAGCCAAAAGGUGUUUGUGCAUGUGCCUUCAGUAAUUGCUGCCCAUGAAGUUGAGGAAAUUGGGGUGGAACACUUGCUCAGGGACGUGAAAGAUACUACCAUUAGCACUCUUGCAACAGAGGUAACUGGGAAACUAGCAGCACUGAAGGGGUUGGAUGCCCGACUUAAAGAGAUACGAAGUUAUCUUGACCUUGUUAUAGAUGGAAAGAUCCCAUUAAACCACGAGAUUCUUUACCAUUUACAGGAUGUGUUCAAUCUACUACCAAAUCUCAAUGUGACUGAGUUAAUCAAGGCCUUUUCAGUGAAAACAAAUGAUAUGAUGUUGGUUAUUUAUCUUUCUUCCCUUAUCCGAAGUGUGGUCGCUCUCCACAACCUGAUCAACAACAAGAUACUCAAUAAAGAACAUGAAAAGGCAGAAGACUCUAAGCCAGUUGCCGUACCAGCUACCGCUGGAAGCUAAAUAUGAAGAAUUGACGAGACUCCAAUUCGUGAGGGCCAUCUGACUGUUGACCACCAAAUGUCUUCUCAUACAGUCUUGGAGAAUUCUGCAAUCCAGAUGGGGGGAUACACAUAACAUUGAUCUCAUUUGGUAGCCCCUUAGGAUUUACUACGCUCCUAAUGAGCCUUGGCCCCAUUUGUUGUCUAAAUUCCCAGGUUGAUAAAUCAGAUAUUCGUUGUUUAACAUUUCAGUAUUUGAUUGCUGCUCCUUUUUUCAAAUACUUCUCUUUUGGUUUCCAGUUGUUCCCUAUAAUUUCAUUUGUCCUAUUAGCCUUA